GUCACCUGAAGGGUGUUUACACAGGAUGUUAUUUGUGAUGUGUCGCUCCUUCAAAAGCUAAGGACAGUAAGAUCAUAAUGCUUUAGAUCUAGUUAGCGCUGUUUUCAGUAGUAGGCUACUGCUCAGUCCUCAUGAGGGGGCAAAAGGACAGUUUUUAACCGGGAUUCAUAGUCACAUCCUGCAGUGUGCUCAUGAUCUGCUCCCGUCCGUGAAGAGGUGCGACUUCACUUGCGACAACAUGUGAAACUUCCAAGUCAGUCUCGGUGAACACAAGAUCUUCAAUAAGAGUGAAAUAAGCUGUUGGUAACAUGGGGAAUAACUCUGGAAAAGAACGACAUGGAUCUUCAGGCGCUACUGUGGACACGUAUGAAACACCUCCCACCUCACCAUAUAGUGUUGUUUCUACUUUGUCACCAACCACUCAGCUGGUGUCCAUUUCCAACUGCACAAGCACAGCCACCCCUGAACCAGCUCAAGAUGCUCUCAGUCCACCACUCAUCUCCACCAAUCAGAAUGAUUCGCUGUUGGACAUCAGGACAGGGCCUACGAAAGAGGCUGAGGAGGAACAUAAGAUAACACAAGCACCUAGUCUGGCGUCUCAUCCGUCAGGUGUCAAUGGAGAUACAGAAGUGGAUGCAGAACUCCUCCAGGAGUGUUUAAACACACUGCAGCUCAACAACACUGAAGAAUCUACACACUUACUGAAUGAUCUGUUACAAUGUUUUCUGGUGGAGAGGGAGAAGAUGAAGGAGGAAUUGAGAAGCUGUAAGGAAAAGAUUCAGGCAGAACGUGAGGAGUGGCAGCAAUUCCAGGCUGACCUGAAGGUGGCGCUAGUGGUUUCAGACAGACUGAGGGCAGAAUCUGAGGAAGAGUUAAGUUCUUUAAGAGCAGCAAUGCAGGACAUGGGCACACAGCUAGCUGAUGCCUUACAGGGUCGCCGGGAGGUCGAAGGUCAAUUGGAGAGCCUCAGAGUUGAACUGGAGCAGAGCAAGCAGAAAUUGAAGCAGGUCACAAGCAGCCACCAGGGGCCGCUGGUACUGAAGAGCCUAGAGAGACAAGUGGAGGGUUAUGGGAAGAGCACUGGACCCGAAGAGCAUCUGUGGACAGAUGAGAUAAAGGGGAAAAGAGACAUACGCAUCUUUGGUACUACAGAGAGGUCAAGAAGUCUGUGCAGACUGCCCUCCAAUUACCCUGAUGUGGUUGUAAAUGGUACUUCCCAACCCUCCGUUGCUAUGACAACAGAAUCUACUCCUCAGAGCAAGACUCAAGCAGUAAGUUUAGAGCAACAGAACAACAGGACCAGCUCCAUUAAAGAUAAGAAAGUGGAGAAUUCAAACCCACAAACAUGCAACUCUUCGGGUUUAGAUAUGACGAAUAAGAUCAACAGGACAAGGACACAGGAGGAUUUCCCAUCAGGACUCAGGUCGCUGAGGCUUCAUGGAAGUUCCAGGCGGAACUCCCUGCUUCGCUGGUGUCAAGGCAGAACUCAGGGAUACAAGAAUAUUGAGAUCACUAAUUUCAGCAGUUGCUGGGUGGACGGUUUGGCCUUUUGUGCGAUUUACCACAGUUACCUCCCCUCUCACAUACCAUUUGACAAACUCAGUCCAGAGAACAAGAAAGAGAACCUCACUCUAGCAUUCCAGACUGGAGAAGGUUUUGGAAUCUCUGCAUCACUGACGGUGGAGGAGAUGCUAAAAGAUGAUGCACCGGACUGGCACAGAGUUCUGGAAUACGUAGAGAGCAUCUACCGACAUUUUGAGAUGUGAGACUCUGGAUAUAUACAGUACACGUCCUGAUCAUUUGCACGGUGAUCACGAAUGCUUUCAAAAUUUCACCAUAGCAACAAUACAGCCUCAGAGGGGAGCGCACAACUUUGAACAAGAUUAAAGUGGACCUUAAAGUUCAUCUUUAGCUGCUGGUUUGUAUUUGAGACUCUAGAUUGGCUGGUUAGCAUGGCCUGCUAACUCUGCCAUGUAUUCUGACUUAUUGCAAGCAACAAAUGAAUUGUUUGUUUCAUCAUAUUAUACUGAAGUGCUCUUAAAAGUGUCAAAUGAACUUAAAGUCCGCAUUAAACAGAGGUUGCAAUAGUCUUUUCUUCUCUAUAGUGAGGUAUUUCAGUGAAACGUCUUCUCGAACAAGAAAAAAUGUAGGGCGGGACUUGAUUUUGUCCAUCGGAAAAUGUUUGGAUCAUUGUGGUUUGCUAUUGCUGUGAUCUCAUGUGAGUGACAGGUUGUCCCGCCCUCACGCCAGAAAACAUCAUCAGAUUAGAGAAAAGAUGUCGCUGCAAGUUAAGAGAACCUGAGAGGAAGUCACUCUGAUUAUAGAUUAUAAGGGCACAUGAAUAAAAAAAAAAUUCUGAUGUGCACGGAUAAGUCAUUAUAAUAAAUACAAUAUUCCAUGAAAAUACAAUAAUUGUCGAUUUCAUGGUGACUGUGUGCUUUCUUGUUGUGCCAUUAAGCAGUCAGCAUUUGUGGUUCAAAUGAUUAGCUCAAAAAUGAUGUGCCUAAAACUGAGAGCCUAAAAGGAAACAAGCAGGUUGCCUAUCCCUGGGAGUCCUGCAUUCGUCCCUCUGAGUUGAACUGGAAUGCUAUUUGAUGUAGUGUAAUACACCUCCUGAGCAAGUCCUAAAGAAGAGCGGAGUGUUUGAGUAAAGGAGGGUUGUGAAUUUGACGAGGAGUGUCCUGUUUUUAUUAUUGCUGCUUUCUGCCCUCUGUUGGUUUUCGUGUGGAAUUGCAGGGUUCGUCGUCAGUUUUUUUUUUUAAAUUCAGAUACAGUACGACAGCGGUUCCCAAACUUUUUAGCGUGGAGUACCCCCUGAAGGGAUCACCAUCCUUCUGCGUAGCUCCUCUCUUCCACUUCGACUGCAGUCACACCUUUACCAUUAAGGGACAAUAUUUGCCCCCAAAUUGAUUUUCCAGUGCAUAUUUUUACCUUUAUGAAUAACUUUUUUAUUUAAAACAUUAUUUAUUUUAUAAUGUUCAAUAGAGAAAUGUGCAAUGAUGGUAAAACUAAGUAAAACUUUUAAAUAUUAAACUAAAACCGCCAGCAGGUGGCAGCAAGUCACUGUUUUUAUGAGUGAGUCAGCGAGUCAUUCAUUCAGUAACGAAGCAAGUGGCUGUGAAUGAAUCAUUGAAUCAUUGACUCUCACGAUUCGUUCAAAAGCCGCAGAAUUGUUCGCGAAACACAGACGUGUGUUGUAGUUCUGCUGUGGUUUUCGUUAUUUUAUUGCAAAAUAGAGUAAAUAGUGACAGUACUGUGUUUAAAAUGUUUUGUUUUUUGACCUGUUAUAUAAUAAUGUCACGUUUGCAGUCAUUUGCAUGGAUAUUUGGAAACAAUUGCAUUCUUGCUCGUUAUCAUCAUUAAAUACAAGAACUCACACAAGGUAUGUUUUUGUAUCGGAGAAAGUUUGAGUCUUAAAUCGAAAUUAAUCCACUAUCUGUGUCUAUUUGUUCUUCAUGCGAGUAAGUGCUAAAUCCCCACGUUUACAAAGGUGCAUUGUCGAGAACGACAGUAAUUUAGCGCGAUUUAAAGGGAUAGUUCAUCCAAAAUGAAAAUUAUGUCAUCAUUCACUCACCCUCAAGUUGUUCCAAACCUGUAAAAAUUUCUUUGUUCUGUUGAACACAAAGGAAGAUAUUUUGAAGAAAGUUUGUAACCAAGCCACUUUAGGGGCACCAUUGACUUCCAUAGUAGGAAAAAAAAUACUAUGGAAGUCAGUGGUGCCCCAGAACUGUUCAGUUUCCCACAUUCUUUAAAACAUCUUCUUUUGUGUUCAACAUAACAAAAAAAAAAAAUAACAAAAAAAAAAAAAAAAAAAAUAUAUAUAUAUAUAUAUAUAUAUAUACACACAAGUUUGGAACAACCUGCGGGUGAGUAAAUGAUGACAGAAUUUUCAUUUUCGGGUGAACUAUCCCUUUAAGGCAGCAGACUGCACGCAAUCUAUCAUAUGCGUGAUGCUUGUGUGGAUACAGUAUUUUUUUGACUGCAAAUGAUGAGGUAAUUUGAUUAAAUGUACUGGAUUUACGGCAUUUUGGCAGUUAGAAAAACAUGCUCGGUUUUAAUAUUAUUUUAAGGUAGAAUUAAAUGAACUACUCAGCAUUUUGUUCGCGUACCCCCUUUUGUCACCUCACGCAUACCCCAGUUUGGGAACCACUGCAGUACGACAUGGACCACCACUACGUUGUAAAUCUCAAAUCACAGAAAUCAUUACCCCUGUAUGUGUGACAUGUUUUAUUCGCUGUUAAAAGUCUGAUUAAGGAGCAGAGCUGCUUCAUUCAGCAGCUGUAAGAUCAUCCAGUUCUGUUGUCUUUAACCAAGGAGUUUGUUUAUUUAUUUAUUUUUUUUAAUUAAUGCCAAGGUAUCAAAUUUACAAGUAGGCUACAUAGCAAAAGUUACAUACAAUGAAAUGAUAAUAAAAGCAAAGCAUCAUUUAUACAUAGGGCCUAUACAUACACAUUUCAUAUAGCCUAUUCCUAUAAUAAAAAGAAAAACAGAACAGAAAAUUUUAAUGAAAUAAAUAAAAAAGUUGAAACAAGUUUAUUGAGUGUUUUAAGAUUCUUAGAUGAUGAAAUAUUUUGGACUGUUGGACCUCUCUUCUAAAAACAAUGAAUAAAGGAUUUUGUUUACUAAGGAGGGGUGAGGCAUGGCAGAGUGAUGUUUGUGUAAGUAUGUGAAGGGAAAAUGUGGGAAUAAUAUGAAUGACUAUUCCUUAAUUAAAGUGUAGGUGAAAGGGACGUUUGACUUCACUUUACAGAUUCAACAGCCUCAAAUGUCAGUGCCUGCUCGAAAUAAUUUUGGUACAGAAAUAUACACCAACAUUAUUCCUUUUAGUAUUUUCAUCAUUCUCUGGUACUCUUAGAAAUGCAUCCCUACUUAUAUUAAUAUUCCUAUAUUUGCAUUUAUUUAAUUCAUUAGUCUAAGACGUGGUCUUUGAUGGAUGUAGAAGUGACACUUCCUGUUUUGAAAUAAACGAAUAAACCAGCUGACUGGCAUAUGA